ACUACUAAUACUAACCUCCUGCACCACAGCGACUCGCUUCCUUCCACAUCCCCUCCUCCGUCCAUCCCCUCCCACACCCAACAAAGCAUUCAUUGUCCAUUGUACACAGCAAGCUAGCCAAGCAAUCAAGCAUGGAUCCGGUAACAGGAGCGAUCGGCAAGAUCGCUCCCAUGCUGGUGGAUCUGCUCAAAGAUGAGUACAAGCUUCAGAAGGGCGUGAAGGUGCAGAUCAGAUCCCUGGCACGGGAGCUCGAGAGCGCGCACGCCGCCCUCUGGAUGCUGGCGGAGGUGCCGCCGGAGGAGUGGGUCGACCCACAGGUCAGGCUCUGGGCACGGGACGUCCGGGAUGCGUCCUACGACAUGGCGGACAUCCUGGACACCUUCCGGGCGCGCAUCGGAGACGGCGGCGUGUCGAUCUUCAGCUUAAGCCAAACCAAGGCACGCACGUAAGAUCGCCCGCGCCAUUGACGACAUCAUGAAACAGCUCAAGGAGGUGACCGAGCUGCGUGGAAGGUACGCAGUUAACAGUAUUUUGGGAAGGCCUGACGCCACGACGUCUACGGAUCCUCGCCCUGCAGUUUUCCCCAAUAAUAUGCCACGGCUCAUUGGUGCCAACAAAGCAAUGAGUGAGUUAUUAUUAGGCGAUGGCGGCUACAACACGCUGAACCCUGCUGAGCAUCAGGAGAUAAUAACCCGCCGCCAGCUCGUCGGCGUCAUGCAGCCUGUGGGGAUGAAGAAUAUGCCGGAUCUGGAGAAGUGGAUGAUCACCUUUGAUGAACGGAGGAAGCAGCUCGGAGUGCUUUCAAUCGUGGGCUUUGGUGGUGUGGGCAAAACAACCGCUGCAUUGGCGCUCUACCGGAAACUUGGACCUCAGUUCCAGAAGCAAGCGGCUGUGUUCAUUUCUCAGAACUCAGACCCUGAAGCAGUCCUUCGGAGCAUACUGGGUCAGGUCAUGUCGGUGACCAACAAUAAUCGCACGGGCACCACCUUGAAGAAGAAGAAUCCUGCCAUCGAAAGCAUAAGAGAGGAACUGAUGGACUACCUAGGACAAAACAGGUACUUACUGUUGAUUGAUGAUAUCUGGUCUUCAUCUAGUUGGCUUACUAUUAAGAGAUUUUUUCCUGAAAAUGAUAAAGGCAGCCGAAUAAUUAUCACCACAAGAUUUCAAGCUGUGGCAACAACAUGCUCUUCUCACAAAGAUAGGGAUUUUGUUUAUCAUGCUGAAGUUCUUUCUCCAUAUGAGAGCAAAGAAUUGUUCCUAAGGACCUUCUAUGAGUGCAAGGAUUCUGAAUGUAGUCAACCAAGUUGUACAAAUUUUCCUGAUAGACUUUGGGAAAUAUGUGGCGGCUUGCCAUUGGCCAUAAUUACCAUGGCUGGUCUCGUGGCAUCAAAGCCGCAGAUGAUCCAUGAGGAUUGGAUUAAGGUUUGCAAUUCUCUAUUUCCAGAGUCACGAGUGUGCCGUAGACCAGAAGAAUUUAUGGGGAUAGUCAAUCAUUGCUAUUUUGAUUUGGAUAGUGAUACCAAAACUUGCUCUUUGUACCUAAGCAUAUUUCCAAAGGGCCACAAAAUCAGCAGGAAGAGACUGACUAGAAGAUGGAUAGCGGAGGGUUUUAUCAGUGCGAAGCAAGGGCUGAGUGUCGAGGAUGUGGCAGAGACGUUGUUUAAUCAGCUCAUUCAGAGAAAGAUAAUACGGCCUGUAGAGCACAACAGCAAUGGAAGGGUGAAGACUUGUCUGGUCCAUGACAUGGUUCUUGAGUACCUAAUUAUGAGGGCAGCUAAAGAGGAUUUCAUCACUGUUAUUGGUAGCCACUGGUCCCUGCCAGCGCAUAGCAACAAAGUCCGUUGGCUUUCCAUCCACAGUAGUGACUCCAAACGUACAAAGCAUGUGGAUAGCAUGAACCUGUCCCAUGUGCGAUCACUGACCGUGUUCGGGAGCCUGGACAGACUGAACUUUAUAUCAUCGAAAACAGGAAUAGUUCAAGUAUUAGAUCUUGAAGGCUGCAGAGGUUUCAGGGAGAGUAAUAAGGUCUCAGGUAUAUGUGAAAUGAUUCUACUCAAGUAUCUGAGCCUCCGACGAACUGAUGUAAAGAUUCUUCCCCCGAAUAUUCACAAGCUCAAGUACUUGGAGACUCUAGAUGUAAGGGAGACAGAGGUUCAAAAGUUGCCAGCAACUAUAGCACAGUGGGAACGAAUAACGAACAUACUUGGUGGAGAUAAGAGAAUAAGGAAAACUUUGAAACUUCCUAAACAGCUCAAGGGAACAAUGAAAACCUUACGCAUAUUGUCAGGGGUUGAGAUCGUGGAGGGAUCAACAGCUGCAUCAGCCCUCUGUUACUUUACGGGGCUGAGGAAGUUGGCAAUUUACAGGAUCCACAAUAGUGAAGUGACACAUAAGGAUUUACUCUCCUCUAUCCAGUACCUCAGUGGCUAUUCUCUACAAAGUCUUGUAAUUGAUGACAAGUCAUCUGAAUUCUUCAAUACCCUGGACUCAAUGUCGUCCUGUCCAACAGACCUGAAUGCCCUUGAGCUGUCUGGCAGGUUGCUUAAACUCCCAAGUUGGAUUAUUAGGCUCAAUGAUCUAGUCAAGUUGACUCUUUCGGCAACAGUUCUUCGUACAGAUAAUUUAAAGCUCCUUAGCAAUCUAUACUCACUGUUUUCCCUUACCUUUUCAAUUUCAAUUAAUGAAAGCCAGGAUCCUGCUUUCGCAGCCAUUCUCCAGAAAAAUAAGUCUGAUUCAGGAGGAGAGAUCUUCUUCCCAGCUCGAGGAUUCAGUAAGCUCAAACUGCUUCGCAUAUUUGUUCCUCUUCUUCCAUCACUUACCUUUGCAAAGGAGGCUACACCGCAGUUGGAAAGGAUUGAACUGCGUUUCAGAAAUUUGGAAGGUCUUCAUGGCUUGGGUGAACUUGCAAUGCUCCGCGAUGUGAACUUAAUGGUUGAUGGCCAAGCAAGUGAGAGGACAAAGUUGGUACUGAAUGAUUUGAGAAAAGGGACAUCGACGUAUGCCCUUAUUGUCAGCGAGUGAGACACUGUUGAUUGAAAUGCAUGCGAGCAUGAUUCUCUGUCACUCGACAAUCAACACCUCAUCAGUUAAAUAACUUUUAUGCAUGGUUUCCGCAUGUUCUCUGUAAUCCUACUCUAGUUUGGAGUCUGUUUUUCAGUUCAGAAUAAGCCGGCCAUGGUGUCAAGGCUGAGCGAGUCUUUAGCAUCUGGCGCAUGCAAGUUCAUGCGGGGUGAGUCCAGGUCUUUAGGAGAAGUGCACGGUAUUCGUGUGGACGUGGGAUGGCACGGCCAGUGUGAUCGGAUCACCGUGCAUGUAGGAGCUGAUUAGCUCAGGUAGUUAUCUAUUUUACUUGAAGCAAUACAACUCAAAAAAGCUGCCAGUUUUCAGCAGCACCAAAUACUGUCUCUCUCGUUCUUGCGUCUGUGAGAGCCUGCAGGAGAUCGCCGGCGACGGGAGCUCGGCGACGGGAGCUCGCCAGGAUUUACAACACCGCACAAAGCUAGGUAUUUCAUGGCUACAUUUAUUGGUGGCGGUGGAGUUCCUUUUGUGUUGUCGUUCUUUAUUCUUUGAAGUAGUUGGAGAUUCGGUGUUGUAGACACGACUGUAUUAUAUUAAAGGCUUGUUUAAUUCGUGAAAAUUUUUGAAUUUUGCAACCGUAGCAUUUUCGUUGUUAUUUGACAAUUAAUGUUCAAUUAUGAACUAAUUAGGUUUAAAAGAUCAACUUUUUUAGAAUGUUUGGGGAAAAAUCAACGGCUUACGUCGCACGAUCCGACGGCUGGGAAGGCAUAGGCACCAAGAGGCACGAAAAAGAGAGGCACCCGGUAUGCACCCGGUGCAUACUAAAUGGUGGGCCCAUAUGCACCGAGUGCAUACCGAAUUGGUGGGCCCCGCACCUGUGGAGAUGAGGUGGGAUAAUUGUCUUUUCGAUUUUUUUUAUUUGAUCAAGGGUACAAUAGUAAAUCCAUAAUUAUGUGAAUAACAUUUUGAGUAGUAUAGUUUAGAAUUGAAUGGUGAAUCUAAUAUAGUUUGAGCCGUUUAUGAGUUAGACCCUACAGGCGGCGGCGAUUUGGAUGAACACUACAUGCGGCGGCGAUUUGGAUGAACCCUAGGCGGCGGCGAUCCGUGAUCCAAUUGAACCCUCGCAGCCACCGCAAACCUUAGCGGCCUCCGCCGACAACUCUGGUGGCCGGUGAGCCACGUCGAGGGCACGUCCAUCCAUCCAAGAGGAUGGUGCAGGGAUCUGGUGCCAAAUCUGGUGAAUCGGAUAAUCCCUCAUCGGAUUCCUACAACAUUACUUCAUCUUGCCAAUGCUUUGAUCUAUAUCCUUUGUUUCCCUACUGAUCAGUGUCAUUUUUGUUUGGUAGGGGGGAAUCCAACAUUUGUGAGUUCAUUUCUUGGGUGGAUGACCAGUGACCACCAGAGUUCCAGCAAGUUGCAUCUGGCAUUUGUCAUCUAUAUCGUCUGGAAGCAAUCCGGAUGAGGAAUGAUGCCGUUGAAGAGAAGGAAGCUAUGCUUUCAGAAUAGGAUCACCCAUGAGAUGUAUGACAAUUAGUCAAAUCUAUGGGUUCAUCAUGUGCAUGUUUGGUGUGAUGAUGGUUGCCAUACUAUUUGGCACAUUCCUGAAGAAGUAGGUAGGUGUAGCACUGUUCAUGCUCAUUUUGUAUGAACAAUGACUUGUUCAGAGGGAGGUUGUAGUGGACCCAUGGGUGUGUGAGCUGAAGUAGAUGCAGGUCUGGACUAUGCAUGGUCUAGUGGUAAUGGAGCCCUCUUUGUGUGAACU